AUGGGAAAGCGCGGGAUACGCAUCGAUACAUGUGACUUGAUUGUGGAGCUCUUCUCUAGCUGCUGUGUUGGUACCAACCGCUUGCGUUUGAUCUGUAUCUCUUGCUAUGUCGACCACCAGGCUGCCUUGUAUCCCGUCGGUUCGGAGGCAGCAGCUGCACCUGGAAUUGUUCGUUCCGCAAGCUUGCGACAUGCCGCGCCGCAAGGUGUCUAUGUGAGCCUGGCCUCAGGAGACCCAACCCUUUGGACUGGCGUUCUCUUUGUUCGGUCUGGUCCCUACGCCGGCGCGAUCCUCCGUUUCCAGAUCCGAUUCCCCGACAUUUACCCUGACCUGCCACCUCUCGUGACUUUCGUUACCGACGUAUUUCACCCAUUAAUCGUCCCUCUUACCACAUACACCUUCAGCACCAGCUCGGCAAGCGACAAUCCGGUCAGUGCGACCGAUGAAGAACGGCUACCACCAGGCGGGUUCAGCCUACGCCAUGGGUUCCCCCAUUGGUUUGGCAGAUCCAAAAGAAACGGCCAGGCUUCGGGGAAGUCGUCUCGCAAUGUAAGCGGAGCCAGUGCGCCUGCGGUAUCAAGCGAUGCUUCUUUACAGGAGACAUCAGCGCAAGGUGGAGACAUGUCUUCCCCAACUCCAGGGGACGGAAAUGCGGAGGGUGCGGAGAACAGCCGCGUCGCACAAGUGCCUACGGCAGACCAGUUCGCAGAGCCUCGCACGCAGGUUCCUGUUGCAGAGCUACUGCAUUACAUUCGAUCAACGUUCGACUCUGAAGAUGUUUUAGAUUCGCUCCCUGUCGAGGCUGCAGGAAACCCUGGUGCAUGGCAUGCAUGGAAGGCGCAUCGAAGGGGCGGGGACGGCCCUGGCGGGUUGAAACGGGGUAGUCCGCAGGCUCGGCUCCCUGGAGAUUGGCAUUGGGAUGGCAUCUGGGCUCGCCGGGUCCAAACAGAGAUUGAAGCUAGUCAGUCCGACCCAAUGCUAUUUGGAAAUGCCGCUCGUGGGGGAGUCGAUGAAAUGAUCCGAUUUUCCCGACUCGACGAUGAAGCCUUGAGUUCCGUCAAGGAGAAGAUGGCUCUGGUGGGAAAUGUACAUGAAGGAUGA